AUGUGUUUGAGCCACGCCACUGCUUUAGGAUAGCUAACUAUCUAGAUAUAUUGUUUUAACCGUACAUUAUCUAAUAAUGUUAUAUCGCUAGGCUAAAUUUACUACCAGAAUGUAACGUUACUAUCAAUUGAACUGCAUAAUUUUGCUAGCCGUUAGCUAACUCGCUUGCUAGCUACCAUAACUACCUAAAAUUAACUGACUAGCUAGCUAAGUUCACUCUGAGCAAAGAAGAAACACUAUUUCGUAAUUUAACGUCCGCGCACUUUCCAUCUAGCCAUAGUUAAGUUAUGCGUCUGGCUUGCUCCAGCCUUGCCUAACGACGUUGCGUUAUGUCACAAACUCAAACUGAAAUAGCUAAUUUAGCUAAGUUAACUAUAGUUAGAAAGCUAAAACGUUAACAUUAUUGCAUAGAUUUUACUCAAGUAACGUUACCUAACUGUUAACGUUAACUGGUUAGCGCGUAUGUUGGCUAUAAUAGUAGCUAAAUACUUAGGCUCGCUAGCUAACUAGCUGGUGAAUAUAGCUAUCGAACGUUAGUUAAAAGUUAGUCCCUUUCCUUUGCCAAUAACGUUCGCAUUUGACGUAACUACCUAGUGCUGAUUUUUAAUUAAAGUUAAUGCUGGCCGAAAUUGAUGUUUUCUAACGCCCUUCAUUUUCCUAAGCUAACUGAAAGUUACUUUUCGUCAUUAGAUAUUUGAGUCAUGUUCUUCCAAUGGCUGAAUUUUGUCUUUAUUUCUUUGACAGAAUUCAUUUCCUACACGCAGCUGCCCCUGCAUUAACCCGGAUAUCAUACAGGUUGGAUUAUUUUAGAUUUAAAAAUAAGUUUAGUUUAAUAACCGGUGUGCCUAAAUAGAAGUGUUGUAUGGAUAACAUCAGGCAGCCGAACUGCCAAGAUGUAAUUCCGUCUAGGGCAUCAGAAGCAAGACCCAAGGAGGAACCAGAAAAAUCCUCCCUUAUGGAGGAUGCACAGAUCAGCCUGUGGAACUCCUUGGAGUCAGACACUGAAAGUCUCGUCCAGGAGAGGAGGUACCAAAUGGAACUUAAAUCUCGGAUCCAACAGGCGAAUGAGAUAGUGAAUGCAAACAGCGAGGGGUAUGUGGAUGAGAGUAGUGGGGAGGAAGAGGAUGACUUGGAAGAACUUGUGGGAGAAGAUAACUACAUCUAUGAUAGCCUUGAUGUCGCAGAAUCCCAGCAAGGACAGAUUAAAACAGUACCACAUGACACCAAAGUUGGUGAGAUACUGCAAAAGAAGCGCCAAGACAAGUUCGGGUACAGACCUGCGGAGGACGAAUAUGCAGGCUUACGUUAUGACCCCAACUGGAGGACCAACCUGAAGGAAGACAAGCUCUUUGAGGAAGGGAACCAGCUCUUGCUAGAGGAAGAGGGGCCCAAUGUUUAUGCAGAUCCGAGUGAUGAGAGUCCCUGGAAGUCGAGAGAUCAUUCUGGAAACGGAGAACAGAAAAAUCUUUCAGAUCACAGGCAGGCCCGUUCCAUGGGCCUUGCAGUGUACAUGGCACCAGACCGUCUCUCAGAGUACAAGUCCAAACGUCUCCCAGCUCCUCACUACACUCCCCCACAGAGGAACAUGGCUGUGGGGGCAGAAACAACCCUAUCGGAACAGCAGAGGCCCCAGAAGGGGCUUCACCGCACCGAGGACGCCUCUUCCAGAAGACCAAAUGGUGUCCCAGCUGCUGGGAACCGAAUGCAUUCAGGAGAAACGCAGGUCGUCUCUCAGGAACAAGAGGAGUCUUAUGAAGAGAUGAAUCAGAGGUAUGCAAAGGAGUACCAAGUCUUCUACGAGCAAGAAUCUGACCGUACCGAGAAUUCCACAGACAACAGCCAUGACAGCGCUUACAGUAAUCCGAAUCAGUCCCGCCGAUUACCAAACAUCAGGCAAACCAAGCCCAGAAAAGACAUUGUGGAACGGAACAAAAUGACACUGGGGGUCAGGAGAAAACAGGCCUCCUAUCUUUCUGCACAUGGUCAGAAGGGACUGAAGGAAGAGCAGAAAAGCCAGCAGCAGGGGUCUGACGCUGUGGAAGAGACAACUGAACAUCAGUAUUUAAACCCUGAACUGAGGUGGCAGCAGAAAACACAGAGGCUGAAGGUCCACAGAGAGAAGAAGAAGGGGAAGAGGGAAGGAGACCACCCAUGCCCAGGUCCUCCCGGCGGCGACCUCAGGGAGCGGGGCAAUCCCAGCGUCCCCCGGGACGGACACGGUCCCCGUCAGCGCCGGGGACAGGCCGAGGUCCUGGUAAUCGACGAGGCGGACCACGGCGACUCGCCCCUCUCCCCGACACCGCCGACAUCGCUGUGGCCACAGGGCCUCUCGCCCCACACGAUGAACCCUCCCACCUUCAACCUGAACAUCAACCUCAGUGCAUCAGGAGACGGGGUCCCAGGGUUCCUGGGCCAGGAACACCAGCACGCCAGCCUCAACCUGUCCCCUCCCCGCGGUCCUUCACUGCGGUCCAGGCCCGCCAUUUCUUACCACAAUCCCAUGAGCGGUCACUAUGACCCAGCGCAAGUGGUCUACUACGGUCCUAGGUAUCCGCACUCGGCUCCACAGGCAGUUCUGCCCACCAGCUGGUUUCCCGCUCAGAAGAUCCAGGGGACACUGCCGCAGGGCAGCAAGAGAGGACCCAGGGACGUGCCUCCACUCUGGGACCACGACAGUCACUCGCUCCAGGGAAUGGAUUCUGACCGCUCCUGGCUUGGGCCUGCCACGUGGCAGCCUGCGGGGGACUGGAGUCUGUACCUGAGUCCAGGUGAACAGCGUAUUGAGCUGCGGCCCCCACACAGGCUCCCAGCGCAGAGCACAGGGUCUUACCCCCUGCUCCCCCCGAUCGGGGAAGCGGUGGCCAGCGACUCUGAGCUGAGCGGCCAGAACGCCAGGCACAACAUAAACGGCAUGCAGCGGAGCAUCUCAGAAGGGUACCUCGCUCAACUGGAAAAACAGAGGCAACUGAAGGAGAAAACGGCCUACAAGGCGUACACUCUAAAAGACUACAAAGCCCUCAAAAAGGAUGUUAAGCUUGGUGGACUGGGACCAGAUUACAAAGUAACACCAAUUACAGCGGAGAAAAUUAGACGACGGCAGCAGUAUUCAGACAAAGUCCGCGAGAACAACAAGAACAUAAGCAGAAUACCCUUUCUGCCGACCCGAAACCCUUGCCCUGCGGGCGGGGACACCACCGAGAACAUGGUUCCCAGGAUGAAGGCCCUGGAGUACGCCAGGAGCAUUCCAAAACCCAAGCCUCCCGCCGAGCCGAAGAGCAGCGAGAGGGACGGUCCCCGGGACUUCCUCCAGGAGCGGGCCCAGUACCUGGAACACCUGGACCUGACCCAGCUGGCUCGGCUGGAGAUGCUGCAGAAGCGUCACGAGGAGGAGAAACAGGUGGUGGCUCAUUUCAAAGCCCUGCGUGCCGUUUAAUCUGCCAUUGAUUGUUCUGUCUCGGGAGAUGGCAGGACACGUGAAAGGAACAUGCCCACUUUAGCUUAUUGACCCUGAUAUGAGAUUUAUAGGCACUUAAACAGAGGCUGCCUACAGCCACGGAAUACACCCUUGAAUGAUUGAUUGAACUAUUUUUUGCAACAUACUUCAGGUUAACAGAUUUUAGUGACACUAAUACAUCUUUAAAUUAGUACCCUUUGACCUGGUAGUACAUGUUAUCCCUUUUGGACUCCUAUACCCUGUAUGCUGUUUAACAUUGUUUGCGUCACUGUGUAUUUCCAUGUUGUGGGAAUAAUUGAUCUAUUUUCGUGUGUUUAACCUCUUUUUAUUUUAUUUUUCUCCUGCGUAUAUACAGCACAAAAUAUGUGCCUUGAUUAAUCUGUCCUAUCCUCUGUUAUUUGAGGGGGAAAUGGGUGCCCUGUGCAAUAGUACUGUUAUGUGAGUUUUUAAAAAGAAUUCUCCACGUGUCACAUGGACAAACACGUUGGGGAGGAAGCCGGCUCUCGCUCUCAUUCGGGCCUAAAGCGGCGACGCUGCGGAAUAGAGCAGCAAGCGAAAGGCGUCCCUUCGUCCGUAUCUGCACGCCUGGGGAGAGGCCUGAACGGGCAGGCCGCGCUGGCUUCAUCACAGGACGGCACUCUGCUCUUGUUCUGGGGUCCAGCCACUGCCUCCUCCAUUCACACAGCAUGCACCUGGCGCUGCUAAUCUAGUAAUAAUCUGCGCCGUUUUUGUUCCCCCUCCCUGAUUAUCCCCCGGAAUAUUUCCUCUUUCUGCCCCCUCCUUUCGCCCAUUAAAAUAAAAAAUGGGUCAAAAAUGGUGACACUUUGAAGCCGUCCUGAUUAGGCCCAGCAAACUUGUUUUCUAUAUUUUAAAGUGAUAAUUCUACCCCCCAUAAAACAAUCUCAAGCACCUAUUUCUUUAAUGGAACCUUUAGAUGAUUAUCAAAGAGCUAUUUACCCAUAUGUAAUAUUUUAAUUAGAUUAUAGUCUCUAUUUAACCCAUCAUAGCUCCUUUGAUGCUCUGUGUUUUUAGCGUUAAGCCUCUGAAGCGAGGGACUGAUAAAUACCGGACCUUUUGAAUUAAUGAGAAAUGAUGCCUUUCCUGGCCCAACUCUCUUUGCAUCUGCACCCCCCUCCCUCCUCCGCCGCCAUAGAAUUGAGUUAAUUGAAGGGGUCUCUCGCCACGACACAUGAAGGAGGCUGAAUUAGCAUCCCUUUUAGCACUGACACAGCGCCUUUGAUCUGAGCACAGGGCUGAAGGAGGCAGCAGCCCCCGUGAAAAUGAGCUGAUGGCCUGGCUAUUAGUUGGAAAUGCAGAUGCGUCCAUGUGUUGCAAAAUGCUUAAUCUUUUAAUUGAUCACCUUCCGCACGGCCCAUUCUCUUCACGCUUUUUAUUUUCCCAGUAAAUCAGAAUCACAUUUUGGAAACAAAAUGAAUUGCUUUUCAAA